AUGAGAGAUAGAUGGUCUUAUUAUUCAAAAACACCUAAAUCAAAUAUUCUGACUAAAUAAAUAUCUAAUGAUUAAGAUAUAAUUGAUAGUUAAGAAAAUAAAUCACCUUAAAGUGCUAGAAGUCAAUACAUUAUGACAUCAAAUUAUGAUUAAAGAUUGUAAACCAAAGAAUUUAAUAUGCUUUGA